AUGUUCACAAGCAAGAACAAAAAAGCAUCGCAGAAGCAAAAACAGAAAGAAAGAGAGAGAAUGGAGCAAAAUAAGGAGAACCUCCCAGAUACAAGGACUCUGCCGUACCUCCACAAUGGUCGACGUGAGAGUCAAGACUACACGAGAAAUAACACGUUGGGUGUUGGGAGCACAUCACUUAUUGAUACACUAGAAACUAUUCCUAGUGUUUCCCCUGAUGACAAGAAGUACAUCAAGGAACCCGAGCGUACUAGGAAGAAGCCAAAACGCACAAAAUCUGCACCUCCGCUGACCAUGCACAACUUUGACACUCAGUCUGAAGCAUCUAUAAAUGAGUUAGAUAGGGGCGAUAAAUACCUCAAGAAGGUAUUUUUCUUCCACAACUCGCGAUGGAGACUUCGCAGGUGCUAUGUCAUGAUUGAGAACAGCUUGACAUACAUGGUAAUCGGACUAAACAGUAGUGCAAUCGGUGGUCUUAUACCACAAAUGGGAGAGUAUUAUGACAUAUCAGAAGAUGAUAUGUCAAUGUGCUUUUUAGCUAAUUUUGGCGGAUACUUAAUCUCGACCGCUUUGUCCGCGUUCCUGAUUCAUCACGUCAGACUCCGUUUGGUAUUAACUUCGGCAUCAGCAAUUUACUUUAGUGGUUCGCUCGUUGCAACAUUUGCGCCUCCUUUCGCUGUCUUUAUCGUCAGUCUCGUUUUGACUGGUACAGGGGCAGGUCUGUUGGAUGUGGCUGCAACUUCAGUUAUUAUGCAUUACGAAGAUGGUCCGCUACUGACAGUCACAUACUCGUUCUUCUCGGUGGGGUCGAUGAUCGCACCUUUCUUAGUCGGAGGGUUGAGAGCCAGCAACAACAAGCCAUGGAAUCUGUACUUCUGGCUUCCUGUCGCACUCUCCUCUCUGCUCAUGGUGUUGCAGUGGUUUGUCUACGCCUCCUACCAGUCACCCUCGGAGAAACGCUCUGGCAAUGACACAUCUUUCCGUCGACUCCGCUUCGUUCUCUCAGAUCCUUUCAUGUUACUCACGAUCAUACUCUUCUUCGUCAUGAUGGGCAUGCAGGAUAGUUGGUCGCAGUGGGCUGUAUCGUAUCUAGAGAGGGCAAAGGGUAUGGAAGGUUCACUUGCAAACAUAAACUUAGCAUGUUUCUGGGCUGGUGUUACCCUCUCCCGCUUAACUCUCGGUCAUUUCAUAAACAAAUGGGGUGAUAUGAAGUCUGCAAUCACGCUCAAUCUGGCAUUCACGUUCAUGAUGACUGGAUUUUGGCAAAUCGACGACAGUCUCAAUUACGGUCCAAUUGUCUUGAACAUAUUUUGCGGUAUUUUCGUAGGUCCGCUGGUACCACUCAUAUUAACAACAGCCGUUGAUCGGUUGCCACAUACUUUAAAGACGACGGCAACAUCUACAGUCAUAGCUGGCGGACUAAUUGGUAGUACCGUUAUGCCGAUGUCCCUCGGUCAAGCUAUUCAUAAAUUUUCCGAACACAUUAUACCAGGGGUAUUGAUUGUCGUGUCGUUCAUCCUUCUCGCUGGACUUCUCGCCCUCUUUUCUAUGAAAUACUAUAGACGAUCUUUAAGCAAGAAGGACAUUUCUAAGACUGUUCACAACCACGGCUCCUUGGCUCAUGAAAUGAGGUUAAAUAGGAGAAAGCUCGUUCAUCCACCGCGCAUAAACAGACAAUGA